AUGCGAAAACACGAAACCCUACCGAUUCAACAACCAACUCCGACAGCGCAACAGAUCUCUAGAGUGUUGGAGCAAUCUUAUAUCUGUUUGUUACAGGGAAAACAUAUUUUACUGGAAAUAAUCAAAUCCAGAGCAUGUGAAGCAUGGCUUAAAGAGAAGGGGAUUAUCAAUGAGAAGCUACGACUUCUUCAUGCCGAAGCAUCGGGAAGCAAGGAAGAAAAAUGCCAAGGGAAAGAAAUCGUCAGCAACACUGAAGUUGUAGAUCUGACUGUAGAAAAGUCAGGUGAAGAUGUUAAAGGCAUCGACAAUGUUGUGCAGUUGAGAGGAAGAUCCUGUGAGGCAUGGUUGAAAGAGAAAGAGUCCAUUGAUCAAAAGCUUCGUGCUAUAGGGAAACAUCAAAGGGAGUGUGGAGGGAAGAUGCGUGGAGCUUCUAAGGUUGAUGACAGAGUUUCCAUGAAAACAGGAAGGGCUAUUGAUUUCACAGAAACAGAAGAAGGAAAUAAUAAUGGGACUGAUGAAAUAAAUAGGACAAAUCUCCAAGUUUCGACGUUUAAUGUCGAAGGCAAUGUUCGUUUAAUGUCGAAGACGGUGAAAAUGACUCUGACGAUGAAUUCUAUUAGGAGAGGCACAUUAGUUUUGAAUACAAAGUUAUGA